UGGGUAAUAUGUAAGCUAUUUCCGGAGGUGUUCCUUGGCGGGAAACUGAAACUUGAAAUGUAAACAAGAAAUGGCUGUACAGUACGAGCACACACGAUCGGCUUUGUCUCGUUUGCAGACGCUUCUCAAUUGUUCUAAAUGUAAUAGAAUUGCUAGCAGCCCUUGUACUCUUGGUAGCUGUGAACAUAUCUACUGCAGGGAAUGCUGUGAAGAUGUUUUAGGUAAGAGUUGUCCAGUUUGCCAUAUUCCAACCGAUGUACGAGAUGCACAGGUCAAUCGCCAACUCUUCACCCUGGUUAGUUUGUCCAAGAGACUGGAAGAGAUACUCGCCAGUUCACCAAAGGACAGUGGUCACUCCUAUGUCUCAGAUGAUCAGACGACACACUUGGCACCAGAGACAACAAGUGACCACAAAAGCUCCCCCACUGCCAUGGGAGUGAAGCCAAACGUAACAAAGCAACCAUGUCGAAGAUCUACCCCAGCAAAACCUGGGAAAAUACCUGGAAGCAAAUGUAGUGUCUUGUCUAGUCCUGCCUCAAAGUUAGGCACCCGUGACACAGUUCCUGUAAAUCAGAGCACCAUGACACAGCAUUUUGGUUACACAGAUAACGAUGAAAUGACCGGGGAGGAUGAGGCUAUCCCUGAAACUCUGGUACAUAGGAAAGUCUGUGAUGAGGUACCAGUAUGUAAUAUUAGUGGUGACAGUUGUAUGCCCCAAGACAGUUCAAGGUCAUCCAGAUCAAGGACACAAUCUCCCAGACUAUCGACAGUAUCAAGACAGAAAAGUCCAGUUACUGUUGAAACACCUAAAGAUAAAACCACAGCAACAUCGACUAGAAACGCUAAAACACAGCGUAGGAGGAGUUUACCAGUGAAGAAUACAAGGAAUUUAAGAGUAAGAGUGUUAGAAAAAUCGGACAAGGACGCUAAUCAAACAGAAAUGAAGGAAAAUAAACCAAACAAAAAGGCAGUGAAUAAACGACAUUCUAUCGGUGCCGUCACAGCAGAGACCAUUUCUGCUAGUUUAGCCGUUUCAGGAAAAAAGAAAUCACGUAGGAGUUUGUCUCCUGCUCUGGUGACAGGGAGAUAUAAUAUCUCAUCCUCCCCCGCUACAAGGUCAGGAGGUAGCACAAGGUCAAAGGUUAAUUCCACAGGAAUGAACACGUCCCUGACUGGCUCGGGGAAGAAGGUUGUGAAUGAGAUGGAGAAGAGAAACGCAAAGGGUGAAACUCCUUUACAGGUUGGAUGUAUCAAGGGUGAUCUUGUGAAGGUCAAGGAGCUGUUGGAAGGAGGAGCAACACCUAACACCAGAGAUAAUGCAGGCUGGACCCCUCUGCAUGAGGCCUGCCAUUAUGGUUAUGUUGACAUCGCUCGUCUGUUGUUGGACUAUGGAGCACUCAUUGACGUCCCUGGGACAGAGAAUGCCACGCCCCUUCAUGAUGCUGUCUCCCACGGCAGGGUGCAGUGUGUGGCACUGCUGGUAUCCCGAGGGGCCUCCCUCGCUACGAGGAAUCUGUAUGGUUACACACCAGUGGACUGUGCUCGCUCUGAGGAGAUCAAGACUGCCCUGAAAACACCUGUCCAGUCAGCUCCUAUUGUCAAGGAGACUGUUGAUGUAUUGGAGUACCAGUUGCCAUGUUUACUGGGUACAGCCCUAAACAGAGAACAGAAGAUCGCCCUACAGAGAUGUGCAGCCCUACUCAAUGCCAAGGUGGUACAGGACUUUAGUCCUGAAGUGACCCAUGUUAUUACCAGUAAUAACCAGGAUGGCCAGUGUCCUCGAACCAUAAAGUACCUGAUGGCAGUGCUCCAGGGCAAGUGGGUCAUCAAUAUGGACUGGGUUAACACUUGCCUGGAGUAUGGGAGCCGUGUCAGUGAGGAGGCAUUUGAGAUACCAGGAACCAGUGCAAAUCCCAACACACUGGCUCCACAGAGGGGCAGGACCAACAAAAAGCUUCAGCUUCCCGGUUUAUUUGAUGGUUGCCAGUUUUACUUCCAUGGUAAAUUUGUGUACCCCACACCAGAUAAGACAGAACUGAUGGAUCUGGUGAAGGCGGGAGGAGGUCUGAUCCUUAGAAGGGAACCAAAAGUCGACAGUUUAGAUGAAUCGACUUUGACUGUGCCUUACCAUGCUGAUCCCGAGAGUGACUGCGCUCAGUGCUGUGUGUUUGUACUACACGAUAAUUCUGUGACAUUUCCUAAGAUCAACACCAGAAGAAUGUGCUCAUUACCAGUACGGUGGCUUAUGGACUGUAUGUCGACUUUUACAUUGAUAAACCAUUGUAAUAAAUAUUAGGUCGGCCAUAAAUAUUAGGUCGGCCAUUGGAUCUCUUCUCAGCUCUGGAAAUAGAUUGUGACAAUAGUAUACGGAUGUUAAACAGUAAAACUAUUCUCAUGGACCGAUUAUCUAGUAUGUACCAUGGUAGCUAUCCAAAUAGGUGAUAGGAAGAGAUGACAGUGCCAAAUUUUAUAUAUACUACUUAGUGGACUGCAGUCUAUCGUCAAGGGAGGUAAUAAUUGUACUGAUCGGAUGUCUUUUCUCAACUAUCAAAUAAAAUCAGACACAGA